GUCAAAAUUUCGGUAUUCGAAAAUAUUCAAAACGUGUUUUUCAUUAUAAUUUAAAAAAAAUUUGUUUUUUUUUUUUUUCUCUGUUUGAAAAAAAUCCUCUAGAGAACAGAACUAAAAUUAUAGAUAAAUUUAAAAAAAAAAAAUAUGAAUGGAAAAGAUAAUAUUGGAUACAGUAAUGAUGAAAAUGAUAUCCCACUUAAAAGAAGACAAAAUGAUGACAAUUUUAGUACAUUAACAAUAGGACCGGAUUCAAGAAAUGAAGAAAAUUCAAAUGAUAACAAUGAAGAUAAUGAUGAACCAAGUGCUUUAAUGAAAUUUUAUGAAAAGAAUAAGAAAAUAAUCAAAUUUAUUUUAAUUGUUUUAACACAUAUAAUAGUAGGAAGUUAUUUUGCAUACGCUACAUAUUUUUUCGUAGAUUCAGAAAACAAACAUCGUACGUGGGAAAUAUAUCCAGAUCCAAAUAAUACAAAUAUUACUGAUGGCAGGUGUCAUGGUAGCUGUGGUUUUCAAUUCUGUGAUGGUUACGGGAUGCUUUUAAUUGUUACAUGCAUUGUAUACAUUUGUUUAAUUUAUUAUUAUAUAAUAAAACCAGUCACUGAAAAACCUAUUGGACGUUUAUAUGAUAAUACAAUUAAAAAAAUAUUAAUCAAAAGAGUAACUAAAACAUUGACUGUUGCCAAAAUUUUUGGAAUAAUUUUAGCAAUUUUAGUAAUUAUUGGAAUUGCAAUUUAUUUAUUUAUUGAAACAAAAGAUGAUCCCAAAAGAUUAGUUUCAUUGGCAGGCCCAUUCGUAUUUAUAUCACUUGGAUAUAUAUUUUCAGCUGAUCGACAAGCUAUUAAAUGGCGACCAGUUUUAGUUGGUAUCACUGGUCAAUUUAUUUUAGGUGUAAUAUGUAUUAGAUGGGAUGUUGGUCGUAAAAUAUUUCAAUGUUUAGGAGAUAAAGUUGUAACAUUUUUAAAUUAUUCAAGACCUGGAAGUAUAUUCGUUUAUGGUGCUAAAUUAGUUGAAUGGAAUACAUUCUAUUUUGCACUAUUAUCAGUUAUAUUCUUCUUCAGUUUUUUUAUAUCAAUUUUAUAUUAUUUGGGAGCUAUGCAAUUUGUUGUACAAAAAAUUGGAUGGAUGAUUUCUUCGUUGCUUGGUACAACUGCAUGUGAAAGUUUAAAUGCUGGUGCAAAUAUAUUUUUAGGAAUGAGUGAAAGUCCUUUAUUAAUACGACCUUAUCUUAAUUUAUUAACACAUUCUGAAAUACAUGCUGUAAUGGCUUCAGGAUUUGCAACUGUAUCUGGAACAGUUUUAGCAGCAUACGUAUCAUAUGGAGCUUCAGCAGCAUUAUUAAUUACAUCAAGUGUUAUGGCAGCCCCAGCAGCUUUAGGUAUGGCUAAAUUAUAUUAUCCAGAAAAUGAAAAAACUAAAACUGGUUCAAAUCAAAUACAAAUGGAAAAAUCAGGAGAUUCCUCAAUUUUAGAUGCAGCAUCUAAUGGGGCCUCAAAUGCUAUUCCAAUUGUUUUAGGAAUUGCAGCAAAUAUUAUAGCUUUUAUUGCUUUUAUUGCUUUUCUGAAUGGCAUUAUAAAUUGGCUUGGAUACCUAGUUGGUUUAGAUAACAUCGAUUUUGAAUGGGUAAUGUCAAAAGUAUUUAUGCCAAUCAGUUGGAUAAUUGGUAUUGAAUGGAGUGAAUGUGAGAAAGUUGGAAGAGUAAUUGCUGCAAAAACUGUUGUAAAUGAGUUUGUUGCUUAUGAGAAGCUUGGUGCAUUAAUAAAGGCUAAUAAAAUAAGUCCGAGAGCAGCAGGCAUUACAACUUUUGCAAUUUGCGGUUUUGCAAAUCCUAGUUCGUUAGGUAUAAUGAUGGGUGCAUUAGGAACAAUGGCCCCAGGAAGGAAAAAACAUAUAACAAAAGUAGCAAUGAGGUCAUUUAUAGUAGGCUGUUUCGUUUGCUUUACAUCAGCUAGUUUUGCGGGUCUAAUGAUGUCUGAUGAAUUUUUGGCCGAACAGCAACGCUAAAAAUAUAAAAGUAUUGGUUCCUUUAUUGAACAAUUAUACUUUUAGCUUUAAAAAAUAAAAUAAGGAAAACUAAAAGUAUAAUUGAGAAAACUAAAAGUAAAUAUAUGUAUAUAGAAAUGACUGAAGUAUGAAA